GCUCCCGCCAUGGCCCUGCCGCUGCCGCUGCUCCUCGCCCUGCUCGGGGCCACCCCAGGUCUGGGGGCACCGGGGGGGGGCUGUGGGGUGCCCCCCUCUGCCUGGUGCCAGAGCUGGGACACUGCCCUGCGCUGUGGGGCUCUGGAGCGCUGCCCCCUCCUCACCCAGAGACCCCCUGAUGUGGACACCUGCGCCCUCUGCCAGCAGCUCUUCUCCUUCCUCCACCGCGUGUCCAACCAGUCGGCCGUGCAGGUGCCCCGGCAGAUCUGUGCCAACCUGAAGCUGUGCCCGGCAGAGCCCGGCGGUGCUGCAGCCGUGCCCACCCUCGGGGCACUCGGCACCCACCCACAGGAGCCCCCCCCGGGCCCGGCGGCGCUGCCGGUGCCCCUCCCGCUGUGCUGGCUGUGCCGCACCUUCGUGGCGCAGGCCGAGGCCGCCAUCCCCGUGCCCAGGGUGGCCGCGGCGGCCACGGGGCUGUGCCGGGCGCUGCCGCUGGUGGCCGUGGGUGCGUGCCAGUGCCUGGCCCAGCGCUACGCCACCCUCCUGCUCGAGGGGCUGCUGGGCCGCCUGGGCCCGCGCCUGCUGUGCCGCCUGCUCCUCGCCUGCCAGGGCACCGCGGACGACGCGGGCGCGCCACCGGCGCUGCUGGAGGCCAUCGUGGUGCGGCUGGCGGAGUGCGUGGGCCCCGAGGACCUCAAGGGUGUCGCCCCCCCCGUGCUGUCACCCCCCCUGGGCCCCUGUGCCCUGGGCCCCAUGUACUGGUGCUCCAGCCCCGAGCCCGCCCGGCGCUGCCAGGCCCUGCAGCACUGCCAGGAGCACGUCUGGCUGUAGAGGGGCUCUGGGGCCCCCCCCAGCACUUCCCAAUAAAGUUUGGAUGCAGCUCU